AUGAGCGUCACCUUUGAUCCUGGUCUCCUCACCAACAGCUCUUUUGCUACGAGAGACCAGCCUGACUCUGGCAUCAUAACUGAGUCCACCAUCAUAGCUUCAGGUGGUCCUUACCAGGCGUCGGCCAUAUUAUCUGACAGUGCUGGUGGGUGGCAGCAACAAAAUAUCAGUCAUUUCCCACAGCAUCGAUGGAACUUCACUGGUUUACCAGUCAACAGGACUUUAAUCCUGCCAGCAGAAGAGUUUGACCCAUUAGGAGGACAUACCAUCUGGCAGGUGAUCAUCAUUGUCUUCCUAACCGGCUCACUCUCCCUUGUCACUGUUGUGGGUAACAUCCUGGUCUUGGUGUCAUUCAGGAUCAACAAGGCACUGAAGACUGUAAACAACUACUAUCUACUUAGUCUGGCAUUUGCGGACCUGACCAUUGGCACACUAUCGAUGAACCUGUACACCACCUACAUUAUCAUGGAUCAGUGGGCUCUGGGGCCAGUGGUGUGUGACUUGUGGUUAGCCAUAGACUACGUGGCUAGUAAUGCUUCAGUCAUGAACCUGUUGGUCAUCAGCUUUGACAGAUACUUCUCUGUGACCAGACCAUUGACAUACCGGGCCAAGCGGACCACUAAGCGAGCCAUGACUAUGAUCAGCUUAGCCUGGACCAUCUCCUUCAUUCUUUGGGCCCCAGCAAUCCUUUUCUGGCAGUACAUUGUGGGUGAGCGCACAGUCCAGCCUAAUGAGUGCUACAUCCAGUUCCUGUCUGAGCCCAUCAUCACAUUCUGCACUGCUAUUGCUGCAUUCUAUCUGCCAGUAACCAUUAUGACAAUCCUUUACUGGAAGAUUUACCAGGAGACAGAAAACCGGGCUAAAGAUUUAGCAGGCCUCCGUGGAUCUGGGUCUAGCAACAGUCCAAACCAGGGUCAGAAUCAGGGGAAUGCUGCUGGAGGUCAGACAAGCAGUCAGGGGGAGUCUUCAGCCAUGCUUCCACAGAUGGGGAGCUCUCAGAGCUGCAGCAGCUAUGAACUGAAUCAGUUGGCUUCAGGGAAGAGCAAAGCCAGCAUUGGAGGAAGAACUGGAGGCAGGGGGAGGUGGAGUUGGUUCCUCCUCCAGUUUCCGUCAUUACUGCCAGGCUGCCAUUUAUUCAAGAGGUCAGUUACUACAACAACCAUGGUGAAUCAGGCAGAGCAUAAGAGCAGCAACAGCUUGAACAAUAAUGAAGCCAACAAAUCAGAUUCAGAGGGGGAAGCUGAAGGGGCAGAAUCAACCAAGGUGAAGGGCAACAAACACAAAGGGUCCUCAUCAUUCAACAAAGUGCAAAAGGGGUCCACAUCAAAUCCCACGGCCCCUUUGGCUGGUGACCAAUCCACUGCAGCCAUUACCAUCAAAGACGCAGCAAUGGCCAAGCGCUUCGCCUCUAAGGCCAAGACACAGAUCAACAAGCAGAAGAACGAAAAGAAGGUUAAUGAGAAGAAAGCAGCGCAGACACUCAGUGCCAUCUUGUUUGCCUUCAUCAUUACAUGGACACCAUAUAACAUUAUGGUUUUAGUCAAUACUUUCUGUGAGGACUGUAUCCCUGAAACACUGUGGGCAUUGGGCUACUGGCUGUGUUAUGUUAACAGCACAGUCAACCCCAUGUGUUAUGCACUAUGUAACAAGACCUUCCGAACAACAUUCAGGGAUAUUUUGAUGUGCCAGUGGGAUAAAAAGAAGAAGAACAAGCCUCAGUUUCAGCAGAGGCAGGCUGUAGCUUUCCACAAAAAAGAGACAUUGUAG